AUGAAGAAGCAAUUAGCAUCAAGGCGUUUCCUGAUGUGGGUUAUGGUACAUUUGAGCAUUUCAGGCGUGUUGUCCAAGUCCAACCACACCACAACUUCUCUGCUGUGCGAUGGCUCCGUAGAAGACUGCCUCCACGUUCACCACUUGGACUCACAGCUUCCCACCAUCUCCAGCUCCCACUUCCGCAGAAUCCUCGCUGGAGGAUCAUGCUCCCAAAAUAAAUUUGCGACUGGAUGUACACCUGAUGCCUCUCUUGCCGCCGGCCCUAUGGGUCUCACCGGUCGUUAUGUUGCUAAUGGGGUCAGACCUGAUUCGGGUCCACCCAGCCGAUGUGCUAAUACAUAUCCCGGCGUCGUCCCCAGGGAUUGCUUUAAUCCUCAUUAAAAUAAGCUAUGAUCGCCACAAGCUAUUUAUGUAUUAUUUCUAAUGCUUUUGCUUCCUCCCUCCCUCUAUCCACUGUUGUUGUCCAAUGUCUCUAUUAUUGUGCAUUUUUCCGUUAUUGCAACAAUAACAUCCGUCCCCUGAACUGGACAAAUUCCGGGGAAGAGAUUCUGAACGUGUAUAUCAUUAUGUGUAUGCUUUUCUUGUAAACGUGUAUAUGUAUGCUUUUCUGCUUUCUAUUCAUUGAAGAAGUCUGUAAAAGUAAAACUAUAUAUCGAUCCUCUCUCUUAUUGUAAUAAUGGUUUGUUGGA